GUUUCCAAUCAGAAGCACAACCACUGAGGGAGAUUCCUCCCAUAAUUGCGUAUGGGUUCAUCAGUCAAACGUUUAUGACCAAACCUGUACUGUUUCCUCAUACAGUAUCUGUGAGAAGAAAUUGCAAAUAUAAGAAAGAAGAGAUAAGUAUGUAAGACUGUAAGAAUGGCAAAAAACAGAAAAAAAAACAGUAAUAUCUGAGGUCAAAGUAAAUGCUAAAAAUGAUGAGAGUUUGGUAAACUUCAAUCUUAGCUGAGAAAUUGGUGAGGUUGUGAUUUCUGUACUUGACAACUCCAUAAGGAGGUCAAUAUCAAGUUGUAGCUAAUAGAGCCCUGGACAUGGAGUCAGGGAGGAUAAGCUUUCAUUUUUAUUCUACUAUUGAUUUAGGAUUUACUGGGGAGAAGCCACAAGUCUUUAGUGCUUCAAGGGAAUCUUAAUUUCUAGCUCAAGCAGAGCUGUUUUUUAAAACUUUGAAAAUUUGCCACUGGAGCAUACACUGUGCUUGUAUGACUUGUUCCUCAACUUCUAACGUACAUCUGACAUAGAUAGAAGACAAAUUAUACUUCUGAAUUUUUAAAUGAAGAAAAGGAAAAAACUUCACUACAAUCAGUUAUUAUUUCUAUAAUAUGACCACGACUGUGAUUGUCAGCAUCGAGAAGCAGCAACUCCAACUUUUUUGCCUCAACUAAAUAACCAGGCGUAUCUCUACCCGCCUGUGACUAAUAAAAUCUUGUACAAUGUGAAAAUAGGAAAGUUGCCCUCAUGGGAAACAUUCUCCUUUGGAAAAAACCAAGAUGCCCCACUACUGACGAAUGGAUCAAGAAAAUGUGGUAUUUAUACACAAUGGAAUUUUAC